UAAAUGUAAUUGGCUAAUGUAGCCACUCAUAUGGGGGUGGAGAGAUAAGCAGUGACGUCGCCAUUCGAAGCUCUGCAGCGAUGUGAGGUGUGCACAUUCGGUCGAGCAGAGAAACGAGAGGAAUACUGCGAGGGAGAAAGAGGGAGUCAAAGGGAGAGAUUGAGAAUACGGUCAAACACACAAGAGCAUCAUGGCACCCAUAGGACUCAAGGCGGUGGUUGGUGAAAAGAUUAUGAAUGAUGUCAUCAAGAAGGUGAAGAAGAAGGGGGAAUGGAAGGCGCUGAUUGUGGACCAGCUGAGCAUGAGGAUGCUGUCCUCCUGCUGCAAGAUGACAGACAUCAUGUCAGAUGGCAUCACCAUUGUGGAGGACAUAAACAAGAGGCGAGAACCUCUUCCCACCCUAGAGGCCAUUUACCUGAUUACCCCCACGGACAAGUCUGUGCAGACCCUGAUUGGAGAUUUCAAAGACCCCCAUUCAGCCAAAUACAAAGCAGCCCAUGUCUUCUUCACUGACUCCUGCCCGGACCCACUUUUCAACGAGUUAGUAAAGAGCCGUGCUUCCAAAUCCAUCAAGACCCUGACUGAGAUCAACAUCGCCUUCCUGCCCUACGAAUCACAGGUGUACUCUUUGGACAACCCGGAUGCCUUCCAGAGUUUCUACAGCCCCCAUAAGACCCAGCUGAAGAACCCAGUGAUGGAGAGGCUGGCAGACCAGCUGGCCACCCUGUGUGCCACUCUGAAGGAGUACCCCGCUGUUAGAUACCGAGGUGAGUACAAAGACAAUGCCACCCUGGCCCAGCUGUUGCAGGACAAACUGGAUGCCUACAAGGCUGAUGACCCCACCAUGGGAGAGGGUCCUGAUAAGGCUCGUUCUCAGCUGAUCAUCCUGGACAGGGCUUUUGACCCCGUCUCCCCCGUCCUGCAUGAGCUCACCUUCCAGGCCAUGGGCUACGACCUGCUGCCCAUCGAAAACGACGUCUACAGAUAUGAUUCCCCUGGGAUGGGAGACACUUCUCAGAAGGAGGUCCUGCUGCAUGAGGAUGAUGACCUGUGGGUGGGGCUCAGACACAAACAUAUCGCUGAGGUGUCCACGGAGGUGACACGCCAACUGAAGGACUUUUCUGCUAGCAAGAGGAUGAACACUGCUGGAGAGAAGACCACCAUGAGGGACCUCUCUCAGAUGCUGAAGAAGAUGCCCCAGUACCAGAAGGAGCUGAGCAAGUACUCCACUCACCUGCAGCUGGCUGAGGACUGCAUGAAGCACUACCAGGGCACAGUGGACAAGUUGUGUCGUGUGGAGCAGGACCUGGCCAUGGGUACAGACGCUGAGGGGGAGAAGAUCAAGGACCCCAUGAGGGCCAUCGUGCCCAUCCUGCUGGAUGCCAAUGUCACCACGCACGACAAGAUCCGCAUCAUCCUCCUUUACAUCUUCCUCAAGAACGGCAUCACGGAGGAGAACCUGAACAAGCUCAUCCAGCAUGCUCAGAUCCCACCUGAGGACAGUGAGAUCAUCACCAACAUGGCCCACCUGGGCGUGCCCAUCAUCACAGACUCCACCCUUCGCAGGGGAAAGAAGCUGGACAGGAAGGAACGUGUGAGUGCGCAGACCUAUCAGCUGUCCCGUUGGACACCACUGGUCAAGGACAUCAUGGAGGAUGUUAUUGAAGAUAAGCUGGACACCAAGCACUACCCCUACAUCUCUACCCGCUCCUCUGCCUCUUUCAGCAGCACUGCAGUCAGUGCCCGUUAUGGCCACUGGCACAAGAAUAAGACCCCAGGCGAGUACCGCACUGGGCCACGCGUCAUGGUCUUCAUCAUUGGAGGCGCGUCCUUCAGCGAGAUGCGCUCUGCCUACGAGGUCACACAGGCCAAUGGGAAGUGGGAGGCCAUCAUUGGUUCCACCCACACCAUCACCCCCAUCAAAUUCUUAACGGACCUGCAGCACCCUGACUUCCGAGAGUCCACUAGGGUGUCCUUUGAAGAGCCAGACGCAGGCUCAGACGAGUGAGACAGACAGAGAGAGGGAGGGAGGGAGAGAGAAAUCACACUCUGACAAAGAUCAACCCACGUCUUCACCCCCACCGCCCUCCUGGAACAGCUCAAGACCAUGAACAAACCAGACGAGGAACCAGCAAGCUAAAAUCACCCAGCCCCAUCUGUCUAUCUCCUUUCCUCUACCCUUCACAUCCCCCAGUCACCCUCCCAAAAAUCCUUCAUGAAUUGUGUAAGCAUCUCAUCUUGCACGAGAAGAAUAAAAAUAUAAAACAAUGAUAGCAUUGGUGAAAAAAAUAUAUGUUGAAACAGAAAUAAAAUCAUGUUGCAAGUAUUCUCAUGUUUUACAAUGGAUGCAAAUAACGGAACUUAUUUAAAAAAGGUUUAAAUAUCAACUAAGGUCAUUUGAAACUGAAAGUACCAAAUGUAAUAUUGUAUGCUAUGAAACCUGCUAGAAUGUGUAAAACGUAGAGGUUUUCUCUGUUUGUUCCCUCAGUUUAUCUUAUUGGUGUGAUUUGUAUUGGUAGUGGGUGGAGGAGGGAUGCCUUACUGGAGUUGGUUGGCACUAGGAAAGUCAAUGCAGUAAGAUCAUAUCACUCAACAUGCAAUAUAACUCAUCCCUGUCCUAUUAGGUGGGAGAAUCCUAGCUGGUCAAGACAUUUGUAUCAGUAGCAUACAGGGAUGGAACCUAAGGAUUUUGGGCACUGGCCAGCCAGGCUAGUAGACUGCAAUUUUUACUAGUCCAAAAUCUGUGCCAUGCGAUAUUUUAAAAUACAACAUUUCACUAGCCGUUGGACUAGUUGGGCACAUUUUCUACUAGCCCGGUCUGAAAAGUACUAGCCAUAGGCUAGCAGGCUAGCUUAAUUUCCAUCCCUGGUAGCAUGCCUGAACAUUGUGUGGACUGUUACUGUAUAUCCUUCAGUAUGGCAAUACUGAGACCAAGCGACCUAAGAGAUCCUUUAAUCACAGUACUCUCUGUGAGUUAGACAGUAACAAACAGCCAAACUGACCCUAGGUCUGAGGAUAGAGAAAAACGGGACUCUGUAAAUAGCUACAGAAUGGUAGAAGCAUCCUUCCUCCAGCCAUAAGACUGGAAGUAUUUACUCACCACAUCCUUUUCCUUUUCUCUGGAGAGAUUUCACGGUUGAGUGUCAAAAGGCCAUUGCUUGCAGAUGUUUAAAGAAUAAUCAUAAAGGGCCGAUUUGUAUUUCAGUAUUGUAGCCUGUCACAUUGUAAGUCUUAUCAUUGGUUAGUAUCAAAAUGUUUAACCAGGUCAUGCACUGAGUAGUGUGUUGUGUAUAUGCCAUAUGUUGAUGUUUUAGUGUCUCACUGUUGACUGGUGAUGUUUCUGACUGUGAAGUAGUAAAAGAUUUCCUUUAAAAAAAAAGCCAAUGUGAAGUCACGUGUUUGUGAUGUUUUAGCUGUAGCUGUAGUGGUCAACUGGGAAAAGAACUAAUAUCUAUAUUUUGUUUGUCUGUCCGUUAUUUUUAUCUUCUGAUACAUUUUAACUCUUCCAAUGGUGAAUGGCUUUGCAAAGAAAAUGUAACCCCAAUAUUACUAACAUUUUAUUUCUCUGUUUUUCCUCUCUAUUUCCUGGCAAAACAGGUUGUAUAUUGAUAGCACUAUGCGUUUUCUGUUAUGCCAACACUAUUUCAUUUUUUCUAUUAUCAGUUGUUGUAAAGGGUUCACUGUCUAUUCAAUUAAUUUAUAUCCAAGAUAUUUGUCAGAGGGAAGAAAUAUUAAUAAAUGAAACAUAAGUCUGUGUCCUAAACCGGUUUAACUUAUUGGGAUUCUAUAUUUGCAAGUGUUGAAGCACAAACAAAAGUAUACUUCAUGUGUACCAAUGUACUAAGGCUGUCUAAUAAAUUGGCUUCCAUUACAAGGA